GUUGUCUGAGUAGUGUGCAUGGGCAUAUGUGGGCAUGUCACUCGAGUGAUUGUCGAGAACGGCGAGACACUGGAGCUGGAACGGGAGAAAUAAGAGCGCAAUGCUACGGCCGUUGCCAGGUGUCGGCCAGCACGGCGUAAGCGUCCUGUGCACGCGACAUUCUGCAUGACAACGGCGUCAGGCGGCAGCCAACGGGCUGCAGCGCUGUAUCGGCCGGAGAGACAUCGCGAUGUUGCACGGGCGGCGCGUGCUACUCGCGCUGCUCUUGUGCGGCCUGCUCUGCACGCUGCUUGUGCCGUUUACUUUGGUGCUACGUUCGCCGACGGCCUGCAGCUCUGGUGACGAAGACGACGAUGACUAUGAACGCGGAAGCGCGGGGGACCACCGAUUAGCAGUGAUCAUUCCGUUUCGCGAUCGCUUCGACGAAUUGUUGCGGCUGGCGCCUCACUUGCACCGCUUUCUGCGCAACCAGGGGAUUCGGCACAGGCUGGUUGUGGUGAACCAGAUUGACACGCUGCGAUUCAAUCGAGGCUCGCUUAUCAAUGCUGGCUUCUUGGAGAGCGAGGCAGACUGUGACUAUGUUGCCAUGCACGACGUUGACCUCCUGCCGUUGAACCCCCAGCUGAGCUAUGCAUUCCCUCCCAAUGGUGGCCCGCACCACCUCGCUGCACCAGGCCUGCAUCCGCGGUACCACUACCCAACCUUUGUUGGUGGCAUCCUUCUGUUGAGCACAGCCCGCUUCCGCCAGUUGAACGGCAUCUCGAACCGCUACUGGGGUUGGGGACUCGAGGAUGAUGAAUUCUAUGCACGUAUUCGCGAAGCUGGCCUCAACGUUACACGACCUGUUGGCAUUACAACAGGAAAAAAAGACACGUUUCGACACCUGCACGACCGCCGGCGCCGGCCGAGAGACACAGCGCGGACGGCACAGCAGAGGCGCGAGAAUCGUCGUAGGGACCGCCGAACUGGGCUGGGUGACAUAAGGUAUCAAGUCAAGGCAAGACACAAGCUUAAGAUUGACGGGGCACCUGUGGAUGUGCUUGAUGUUAGACUGCUUUGCAAUCGUACUGACACGCCAUGGUGUGAAUUACCUGUAAAUUGAUUGGCAUGGACACUUUAUUUGGUGUCCACUGGACUCUUCUUUUCUUGCAUCAAACAGUGGUGUGGUCCCCCCCCCCCCUCCUUCUUUUUUCUUUAGCAGGUGUUUAUGUUGUCAUCGGUCACAUGUGUGAGAACUGGAGUGCCUGUGUUCAUUGCUGCAAUCUGGCAGGCCGGCUUUCCCACUUGUUACUUUGUGCUCACAUUGUUGUGGAACUACGUAUAACGAAAUGCCAACUAGCUCCCAUAUGUUGAUAAUUUUGCAGUUCUUCAGGGUGUUAUAUUUUUGUUGUUAACAGGCUGCAUGAUAGUGCCAUAACUGCCUGUUCAAGGGCAACCUUCAGUGUCAUAGAAAUGUAAUUAUGAUGAAGGAAAGCUGAAACUUUGGGUACUGUCAGAACUAUAGGGGUAUUCAGAGAUUUGUCAUUAUACAUAUUAGUCUUGCACUCUAACCUUGGAACAUUCUUUUGCAGGUUACACACCACUCAACAUUGGGAACAGGUUCUGUGAAGUUAUUUGUUCCACAAGAUAGCUGCUUCAGUUAUUGCAUGUGGGAUUACAACCAGCUCUGUUAAUUUUAAAAGUGCGGUGGUUUGAAAGCGUGACAUAAAUAACAGAGACAGACACCUGCGUGUGUCUGUCUGCAAUUUGUGUUGUGCUUUCAAGCCAAUCCAAUCUUAGAAUGAACACGAACCAACUAGCCCCAUUAAUUUUUCAGCUUUGUUUACUUGUAACACCAGUGCGCAUAAUUCGUUAGUUAGUCACUGUAGUAUAUGUUUAAGUGCUUGCAACUUUUUUAACUAUUAUUUCUAUUUUAUUUGACAAUAUUCAUUCUGCCUUUUUUAUUUUGGCUGCUUUUGAGCUUGCACUGUUUUGACUGCUGUAAAAAAAAUUUUCCUUAGCAACUUCUGACACUGCACAAGCACCAUGUUUCUUUCCCAUGGCAACAUGACUCUCACUUACUGCUUAGACCUCAAACAGCAAAUUGGCAUUGCUAACAAAUUAGCUUAUUGUCAAGAGCAGAACACAGUCUCAUUUAGGUGCAGACAAAGUCGAUACCACAUUAUAGAUCUUGAGUUGGUUGAUACUUGAUAUAUACACAUGAAGGUCACGUUGGAAGGUUCCAUUGUUAAAUUCUUUGCUGAAGCUGCUAUCAAAUCUAUGAGAGCACCCAUUUGCGCAAACAUGAAACAUCUGUAGUUGUUUUGCCAUCUCUUGGUUGCAUACUCGUGUGUUUCGGUUACAGAGCUUGCAGUUGUAGGUAAAAGUUUUCAAUAUUGAACACAGUGCCUGCCACCAGUAGGCGUACAAGUCUUGUUGGACUUUUAGCACAGGACACUGAUCUGACAGGUGCUGCUUACUGUCAAAAAUGAGGGCAUGUUUUGACAUUUCGUAAGUUGCAACAAGGGUCCAUGGAAUGGCAUGAAAAACAAUUGCAGGAAAAAUUGAAAGGGUCAACGUGCAUUACCAUUUCUCAGACCUGCCAACUUUAGAAUCCCCAAACAGUGCAUCUAAAGCUAGAAAAUACUAAAAUUUAAUAAAGUAUGCUAAAAAAAAUGCUUGGUUACUCAACAUGUUGAUUGUUAAACGUUUGUCAACAUCGUUUUGUAGGGAUGUUGUAAGCAGGCUCUGCUCUGGUAAGAAUGGCCACAUGAAUAAGCUGUGCCACAAACAAAAUUGCUUAUCACACUUAUUCAUGAAUAUUCAUGUAACAACAACUGAAUUUUCCACUUCAUUUAUACAUCGACUCUAUAAGUUAGAGUCGCUACUGUGGGUAUGUCGAAAUAAUCGACUGAUCAGAGAAAGUAAUACUCUGAAGAAUCAAUCGGUGACUGUAAAUAUAUUCCUUUGAAAUUAGUUCUGCCUUGAACUAGAUGCAAAUGAAAAAUUGUAAUAGUAUUGGUGUCUGUAUGACAGUCAUAAACAAGCUCUAAAGAUAAGGUGAUUAUUAAUAAAUUUGAAGUUGACUGGCAUGCAUUUCUCGUGAACCAAGAGUGUGUUAAGAGACACAAACUCGUACGUCUACCUUGUUUUUGUUGAGCCUGCUUAUGUCAAAUUUGUAAGAAAUUAUUCAACACGUUUUGCUUUUUCAAUAGGUCCUUUACACCAAACACUCACAAAAAAAAAAAAUACAGUGUAGAAAUACAAAGAGAAAGCUUUCUAUAAAACUGCUGUUGUAUUUGGGACCAUCAAUUACUGUGUUAUGAUCGGAAGGAAAGGAAACCGAACGCUCGAUUUACUAGUUAAAUCAUAAAAAGCCAACAAACAGUGGCACGAAGGGCAGCAUAAGGGAAAAUAUUUGUAGUUCUUAGUUGAAGUAAAAUAAUUGGAAUGAAUGUGAAUGAAUAAAUAGUUAUCCACAUUUAGGUGCAAGUAGCCAGUGUGUGCAAAAACUUUUGCAUCUUUAACCUUUGUGGUAUGUAGGUGUCGACAAGCACUGCGUCCUUUGCUUGCAUUUAAAGCUGGCACGAUGCAAAACGUUUUUUUUUUCUUUUAAUGAUCAGGAAACAUUUCUUUUGUUAUAGGGAGAAAAAAAAAUUCAUUCAGGAACUCCUCUGGCAGUUGUUGUUAAGCGUGCGUAAGCAUUAUGGCAUGUGCUCAUCUCCACGCAGCCCGGCGUCAUUAUCAAUGUUAUGGAACUUGACGAUAAUGCAAGUUUAAUUAUGAUAGAGUUCAUUAUGGCACUCGAACCCAAGGCCAUUGGUGUUAAUUAGCUACAGUUCAUUGAUAUAAAAUUAUUUAAGGCACUCAAACCCUCAAUCUUUGGUGGGAGUCGAACCUACGGCUUUUGGUGCUAAUUAAAGUGAAUUAGGGCGAAUUUAGUGGAGCUGUUGCAGAACUACCACUACAUUUGCUGAGGGGGGUAUGCAAUGCUUUAUUGAUGGCUCAGAUGUUUUUUUUGAGCUAGUUCUUUAUUGAAAUGUAUGCUGUUCUGUGCGUUGUAUGGGUGAUUUCAAUUAAUGUAUGCACUGUUCACUAAACUUUGCUGACUGUUUGUAGCCUCUGCCUUACGUGGGUAUGAGCCAUUGCUUAAGGGGCUAUGAGCCAUUCAUAGUCUUACUUACAGGCAAAUGUCUCAUUGGGUAAGCAUAGAAAGCAUUUAAAAACACAUCACUGACAAAUUUCUCGUUGGGUAGGGAUAGAGAUGCUUACGCAUUUAAAAACUCGUCACUUUUCUCUUUUGGCAAUUUUAAGGCUAUGCGUGAUAUGCAUGAUUUAUGAGCAAGAAGAAAGGGGGUUAACCGAGGGGCCCAAUUUUUAUUAAUUUAUUUUAUUGACCAGUUGCAUUCACCCAAAAAGAUCACGUACUCGUGACGCCUGUGGCACAAUAGAUGUCAUCUGCCACCAAGGUUUGUGAGUGGUGGCACUGGCUAACACUCCCAAGGUUAGUUUUAGUUGUAAAACAGAAAUACCCAAGAAAGAGGAUGGGAAAACGGCGCCGUGGUGGCUCAUUUGUUUAGAGCAUCGCACGCGUGAUGCUAAGAUGUGGGGUUGUUCCCCACCUGCGGCCAGUUAUUUCUUCAUCUGCUUUCAUUGCCAUUAAUUUAUCAUUUCUUUAAUUCAAUUAUUAAGUACAAAUAAUUUCCCCUAUGUUGUCCUUGGUGUCUUUGUGUGUUGGCUCCUCUUGAUAUGCAUGAUUAAUGGUUUGUUGAAAAGCUCAUCUACAGUGAUGUUGACUUUGUCAAACUUCUCGAUGAAUUGUGCAGGCGUCUGUGGCUGUGUGCAAUAUUUGAAUACGAGAUGAGUGUGUGCGCCUCUCUAUUCUUGCUUACAGAAGUUGUCAUACGCCCUUGACUUUUGAUUCCUUGUCAUGUUCUGCAACUACGCUGACGUACAUUCUCUGGCUUUUUUAUGACAGGCUAGCAGUUCACAUUGAUGAAUGCCAUCCUGUCUUGCAGUGACAUGUUUGUUUUUCACACGUUAUUGCAUUUCUCUUAUGCAAAGCAUGCAUUGCAUUGACAUAGCAGAGGUCCAGCAUGGAUGUGCACAUCUCUUGUUUUAUAUAAUGCAUGCAAGAAAUGCAAGUGCCUAAAUGACACAACUUUUGAGUGUUAAUUUCUACAAUACAGUUCAUCUUUCUCAGUGCCUGUGACCUAGAUGCAUUAUUGUUGGUUAUAUAACCAUGUCUUUUUGCGUUACAGGAGCAGUCACUCACUAUCAUUAGGCACUAUGCACAGCUGUCAGUAUUUUACAGACAUUACUCACUUUGGUGCCUUCAACAAGUUCACUGGUUGCAUGCAGUAAUUGUUCUUAUUUUCUUGUGGACUGACUUGGUAUCAUUUGUUUGUUCUGCCAUUACUACUAUGAAAACAACGGAAGUGCAUUUCAGUUAUCCAAGCACGUUUGUACUAAAGCAUUUUGGAAACCAUGAUAAGUUUACGGAGUACCAAAUUUACGUUCUAGUCCUGUCAUUUCUUUUUGAAUUUCUUUUAUGAGCUACACCACCACACCUGUGCAGGUUUGCCAACUGUCCAAAAUUUAGCUCGACAACCCCAACUUUUGAGUAAAAGCCGGAGUCCCGACCUAACCCAAUCGGUAUUGGCAAAUGUUCCAACUUUUCUUUUUCCUUACUGAAUAACGAUCAGUAAAUCAGAUUUAAUGUUUAAUGCUUGAUAGCUCGGUUGCAUGUUCUUCUCUUUUGUCUUCUCUUGCGUUGUAAUAAACAUAAAGGCAAUUUUGCUUCAGUCUUGCUUCUAGUUCUGUUCUAGGCCCUAACCAUUCACCAUAACUCUAUCUGAAUUGGUAGCCGUUUUAACCAGGCAACUAUACUGCACCUUUACUGAUGCAUGUUGCGACAAAGUAGGACUGAAGAAAUUGUGUAACUUUGUUGCAUCUACAGACUGGUGGCUUUUGGUACUGUCGGGUCUCUCUCCCUCGUCCCGACUUCGUCCACUCGAGAGUUGGCAACCCUCCAUUGCAAAUGUGUGACUUGAGUUACUCUGUGUUAUGGUGUCACAGUCAUGUCAAUGACGACUUCAUACUUGUUAAGCGUCGUCCUCUUUCUUGCUAGAAGCAUGCGGUAGUCUGUUCACAACUUCAAAAAUAUGUGUCAGUUCUCCUUUGAAUUGUUUAAUGUGCUUUAUAAUCUGAUGAUCUCUGUCGCAUUUCAUGCUGCUGUUACUGCUAAUUGCCAGAGCUGUGUUGCGGCACUUCACCAUGCUACUGAUGCUGCAAUGUUUAGGGUGACGUGCGUUGCAGGUUUUAGCAGGCACUGCACUAUUGCCUCUCCAACAGAAGCAUGCAUUAGUCUAUUACACUUUAAUUUUUUUAUUUAGAACAGUAGUAGUAAUCGUGAUUCUCGUUGAAAUUUUUUCUUUCUGCAGCUUUUUGCACGUGGUGUUUUCUUACCGUCGACGAUUAUGUUCACAUAGCACUACUGAAAAAAAAAAAAGUCCAGGCGAGAUGGAGAUUCAGAAAUAGAUGGAGACUAAGUAAUUAUUCAGGCAAGGUAUGACCAUAAUUAACUGUAGCAUAAAAAGAUAGCACGCAAGAAUGGGGACACAAAAGUACUACGAAUUGGGCGAGUUGGUAAAGGCCAUAAUAUAAUAUUUAAUAGUUAAUAUUUAACUGUAGCACAAACUGAUAGAGCACGAACAAAAGAAUGGAAAUGCGAUGCUCUUGUGUUCUUUCGUUUUUCUGUUUGUGCACUGUCUGUUUAUGAUAGUUAAAUAUGGUCAGCCUGUACUUGCUUUCCUGAUUUUCAGCUUUAGCAAACAGGGGACAUCUUGGGCUGGAGCAAAUGUUUGGGCAAGCGGACAAAGAUAGUCACUUUGUCGAAAAAGCUUUGGCUUGGUCCAGCAUAAGAUAUUCUUUGUACAUCCACUAUUGAUUAAAAAAAGAAUGUAAUCGUGGAUACAUCUUGAAUAGAAGUGUACUGGCGAAUGAGUGGCCAUCGAGUAGAGAUGCUACUGUGCAAAGAUAAAUAAACUGGAAAAUCUUAACAUUGCGUUCAAGAGAAACUAGUGGUGUUGAUUAGAAACUUGGUGGGCUGUAGUUUGUUCUAUAUGGGGGAAAACAAAUUUCAGCCUUAUACUAAAUUUAUCUAUUCCUGCAAUUUCCUUGUGUGUUUAUGUUUCAUGUUAGUAUGAGUUUACUAGAUCUAAGACAAAUAUAAUUAAGAGGUGGCACUUGGAUCUCUGUUUUGGUCGACUGAAGUACAGGGCUGGUCACAUUUGUUGAGGAUAGUUGGGUGUAUCAGUAGUAUUUCUUCUAUACAUGUAUGAGAAGUGAUGCAUGGCUUUGUGAAAUAUAUUUCUUGUAACUUGAGCUUGUGCAAUGUAUGUAUGUGUGGUUGUAGUUUCUUGGCAGGAAACCUUGAGCUCAACGAGGUGUUUUUGUCCUUGUUCCCUGUGUUGCAUCACUUCUUUUUUUAUAUGUAGUGGCCUUUUUAAAAAUCUUGGUGUUCCAGUUAUGUAUUGUGUUCAAACCAUAUUUUGCUGUGGGGAACAUAUGCAGCCUUGCUAAUUCUGUGCAGUACUGCAGGAUUUGGUUUUCAGUGUGGCAGAGUUGAUUAUGAGAAAUGGGAACCACUCAUCCGUGGAAUACAUCAGUUUUAUUACUUUUGAAAUCAUGGACCCUUUUCAGCUCGUGCAGUUCACCACACCACUGCACAGUGUGUGUUGGCAUUUUGUCCAAAAGGAAGACCACAGCCAAACUGCACUAUAUAAUGACCAAUGUUUUUCUCUUAAAUACCUAAAGAAGGGAAAAGCACAAGUCACCCUACAUGAAGCAGAAGUAGACAGAAGCGGGCUACACAGGCACUGUUCUGUCUGUUCCUCAUUGUGUCGUCUGCUUCUCUCUAUUCUUCAGCCCUGUCUAAUAUGCCAUUUGGCUUUCUGUCAAGCACCAACUAGUCUGCCCUCAUUCGGCCAACAGUGUUGUUGUGCUGUCCAAGUGCUUUAGGUCACCUCUGCUUCAUUAAUCUGUUCUUUGCUUCAGAGAUGUUUGGCUGUGGCAGUUUUGAAAUCUGUGCACAGUAGUAUAGGUCGAUCAAAUUCACCACUGUAGAGAGGUAGGCAGAACUGAAAAGUGGCAUGAGAAAUUGCUCAAGAGGUUCAUGCUCUUGCAGUACCUCCAUUACUGCACGGAAUUGGCAGGGCCGAACUUUUGACCUAGCACAGUGACGUUUUUUAGAUUUUUUGACACCAAGUGUGUGGCACUUGGUAGGAUUUGUGUGAAGGUAAUUUGCUUCACUUGUGCAUGUCUGUGAUGAGUGUGGUGCGAGUACAGUCUCGGUAGCACUGUAUUAUUGGGCUGUUUGCAUCAGGCCAGGCUGUUUAAAGUCACUGAAAGCCCAGACUUCAUUUUCUGCACUCCUGAUGUAAUUGCAGUGCCAUGUUAUUAUUUUGCCAAGCAUUUGAAAGGUGGUCUAGUGGCAUGACUGUGUAAUUGUGCCAUAAAAUAUAUGCAUCAGUUGGUUC